AUGCCUUCCGAGUUAACUCAGGAAGAACGAUCCGAGCUCGCGCAAUCCAUAGCCGAGUUCCACACUUACCAGCUAGGUCCAGGGACCUGCUCCUCCCUCCACGCGCAGCGAAUCCACGCGCCGCCGGAGAUCGUCUGGUCGGUCGUGCGGCGAUUCGACAGGCCGCAGACCUACAAGCACUUCAUCAAGAGCUGCUCGGUCGACGAAGGAUUCGAAAUGCGCGUCGGAUGCACGCGCGACGUGAUCGUGAUCAGCGGAUUGCCGGCGAACACGUCGACGGAGAGGCUCGACAUCCUCGACGACGAGAGGCGAGUGACGGGGUUCAGCAUCAUCGGAGGCGAGCACAGGCUGGAGAACUACAAAUCGGUGACGACGGUGCACAGGUUCGAGAAGGAGAAGCGGAUCUGGACGGUGGUUCUCGAGUCGUACGUCGUGGAUAUGCCGGAAGGGAACUCGGAGGACGAUACGCGCAUGUUCGCCGAUACAGUCGUGAAACUCAAUCUGCAGAAACUCGCGACCGUCACCGAAGCCAUGGCUCGUAACGCCGGCGACGGAAGCGGUUCUCAGGUGACAUAA